AUGAAACGUCAGAAUGUUCGUACGCUAUCACUGAUCGUGUGCACAUUUACUUAUCUGCUUGUUGGUGCAGCCGUUUUCGACGCACUCGAAUCAGACAACGAACUACAACAGCGUGCUCUUGUAAAACGAGUGAAGCAAAAACUAAUGGCUAAAUAUAAUAUGACAGAUGCCGACUACGAUGUACUAGAGGCAACUAUCGUUAAAAGCGUUCCACAUAAAGCGGGUUAUCAAUGGAAAUUUAGCGGUGCUUUCUAUUUUGCUACUACUGUCAUUACUACUAUAGGUUACGGACAUAGCACACCUUUAACAACCGGCGGAAAAUUAUUUUGUAUGUUUUAUGCACUCGCCGGCAUCCCACUAGGACUUGUCAUGUUUCAAAGUAUUGGUGAACGCAUGAACACGUUUGCUGGACAAUUGCUACGAGCUGUCAGGAAGGCUGCGGGCAGGGCUCCAACAGUCACGCACAUUGACUUGAUAUUUGUUGCUUCUGGUCUCGGCAUAUUUUUAAUGGUGUUUGGUGCGCUGGCAUUUUCACGGUACGAGAAUUGGACGUACUUUGACUCACUGUACUACUGUUUCACUACGCUCACAACAAUAGGUUUCGGUGACUAUGUAGCGCUUCAGAAAGAUGGCGCAUUGCAGGAUCGUCCACAUUACGUCGUAUUUUCAUUGGUUUUCAUUUUGUUUGGAUUGACGGUUAUUUCAGCUGCUAUGAAUCUACUUGUACUUCGGUUCCUUAUGAUGAACACUGAGGAUGAGAGAAGAGACGAGCGAGAAGCCAGAUUAGCAGCACGUGGUCUAGUUCGAGUUCGAGGGCGACCAUCUGAAUCCGAUGAUGAGUACGAUGAAACCUCUGCUGCCGGCCUACCUGUCAGUGAUAAUGUAUCCGUAUGCUCUUGUUCGUGUUACCAACUUCCUUACGGUGCUGCGGAUGUCCGCCAGAGGCAAAAUCGGCCGUCGACUUCUGCGCUUAGCGCAAGUGGAAUGGCUCGUCAGCAACGAGGACUAAGUAUCUAUGCGACAACAGGCAUGUAA